GUGAAUGUGGCCAAGUUGACUUAGUCAGAAAAGUGGUCAAAUUAGACAUGUGGAGGGUUAAAACGCUGAAUCUCGGCUUGUCGCCUUCGCCCCAACCGGGAAAACCAGCUAUGAGAACUCCUCUCCGAGAGCUUAAACUGCAACCCGGGGCUGUCACCGAUUCAGGGAAAGGGCCGCCGAUGUUCUCCUCGCUGACCCCACACCUGCGCAAGCUGGAGCUGAAGGAAAGGAGCAACAACUCAUCUCCAGUGGAUUUUAUCAAUACUGAGAACAACUUCCUUUCAGAACAGUUCAGCCCUCCAACAAAAUACAUAGAGGCUUGUCAGCAUGGAUCUGAACCAACUCCUGAAAGCAGCUCUCCUCUCAGUUCAGCAGAGAAAGCAGUAGAAACAAUGGAUGACUUUGUAGUAGACCCGAUGGAUGAGAGUAUAGUUAAGAACAUGGUUCUUUUACCUUUUCCACUAGGGCAACAGCAAGACCUGAUGCUGGAGGCUCACUUAGAUACCAUGGCAGAGAUAAACUGCAGCUCUCUAAGUGAGUCCUUAAGGCUAGAAGAUCUGGUGGAAAAGGAGGCGGCACAUUGUGUGGAAGACAGCUUUACAGAAGUUGUUGCUGUUAGGCCUGAGCAACCUGCAUUUCAGGACCCUCCACCUCAUCUUUUGGAAUAUCCAUCCAAACCCUGUUCUGAACAGUUCCACUGCUCCGAAGAAAACCUAAGAGGUAUUAGCACUGAAGCUGCACCUGAGGGCUUAGUGCAGUCUGAAAAUGUCUUGAAUUUCUCUGUGACCUGGCUUUCUCCUUCAAUUGCCUUGACCGAAGAUUUCCCUGUGGACCAUGUAGAUCCAGGGGAGGAAACUGUAGAGUACAGAGUUAUACAGGAAAGUGAAAAGAGCUUUCCCACAUGCCCUGAGGAGGUUGAAGUGGAAGACCAAGCACUUACUGCAAAGGCAGAAGAUGCUCCAUCGAUGUAUCUGACAUCAAGUCUAACAGAAACGGGACCCCAGAAAGCUCCAGGCCCAACUACAGAAGAUGUUAGUAGGAUUCCUGGCUUAGAUUCAGAGACUUGGAUGUCCCCGUUGGCCUGGCUAGAAAAGGGUAUGAAUACAUCAGUCAUGCUACAAAAUCUCCGCCAGAGGCUAUCCUUUCCUUCAGUGCUUCAGGAUGCUGCUGUUGGCAACACACCCCUCUCCACUUGUUCUGUGGGAACGUCUUUUACUCCUCCAUUGCCACCAGAAGUAGAUGCCAAGCACAGUACUUCAGAGACGGAGUACCUCUGUCCUUCUUUUCUUUCCUGUGGCAGCUAUGGUCCUCUUGAUCUGACUGCCUUGUCCCGACACGACUUGGAAGAGAACCUGUUGAACUCCCUCGUUGUGCUGGAAGUUCUUUCCCACCAGCUACAAGCCUGGAAGAGGCAGCUCACUGUCUCUCACCAGGAAUCUCAAGACAGUAGCACACAGACUGACCGCUCUCCUUGUGGGGUCACUAAGACAUCUAAACAUCUCCAGGACAGCAAGGAGAUUAGACAGGCUCUGCUGCAAGCUAGGAAUGUCAUGCAAUCAUGGAUGCUAGUCUCUAGAGAACUGAUAUCCUUGCUUCAUCUGUCUCUGACACACAUGAAUGAAGACAGAAUGACAGUGAGUCAAGAGUCUCGGAUUGCAGAAACCCUGGUUUCCUCCUGUUCUCAUGUACUGAAGAAACUGAGGGCAAAGCUCCAGAGCCUCAGAACAGAAAGGGAGGAGGCAAGGCACAGAGAGGAAAUGGCCCUUCACGGCAAAGAUGCGGCAGAGGCAGUACUGGAGGCUUUCCGUGCACAUGCUAGUAAGCGUAUCAGUCAACUGGAACAGGAUUUGACAUCUAUGCGGGAGUUCAGAGGCCUUCUACAGGAGGCCCAGACCCAACUGAUAGGGCUUCACACAGAGCAAGAGGAGCUGGCUCAGCACACUGUGAGUCUGACUUCUGCUUUGCAGCAGGACUGGACAUCUAUCCAACAGGAUUAUGGAACAUGGGCAACUUUGCUGAAUCGGUCUCGAGAACUAACAGAGAAACUCACAACCAAGAGCCGGCAGGCCCUUCAGGAACGCGAUGCUGCAAUCGAGGAAAGGAAGCAGGUUUUGAAGGAACUUGAACAAGUCUCUGCCCAUUUAGAGGACUAUAAAGGCCAAAUAGAACAACUGAAAUCAGAAAAUAGUCGCCUUACCACAGAUCUCUGGGCUCAGCUGCAGAGUCUGACUAGCACAGACAACCAACUAAAAGAACUGCAGAGUCAGCAUACCCAGUGUGUCCAGGACCUGGCCAUGAAGGAUGAGUUGUUGUGUCAACUUACCCAGAGUCUCAAGGAGCAGGCUGCACAAUGGCAAAAGGAAGAAACAGAACUGAAACACACACAAGCAGAGCUGCAGCAUCAGCAGGCUGUGCUGGCUAAGGAGGUACAGGACCUGAAGGAGACCUUGGAGUUUGCAGACCAGGAGGGUCAAGUUGCUCACCUGGAGCUGGGCCAGAUUGAGUGUCAGCUGAGAGUCACACUAGAAGUGCUGCGGGAGCGCAGCUUGCGAUGCGAGACCCUCAAGGACACUGUGGAGAACCUGAAGGCUGAGCUGGCCAGCACUGUAGCAAAGCAUGAGAAACAGGCUCUGGAGAAGACAUACCAGCAUUCUCAAGAGCUGAGGGUGCUGGCCGAGCAGCUACAGAGUCUCACCCUCUUCUUACAGGCAAAACUAAAGGAGAACAAGGCUGAGUCAGAGCUCAUUCUGCCCAAGACAGGCUGUGCUCCAGCCCAGGAACACCCUCUGCCCAAUGACAGCACUGCUUCAGAAAACACCCUGACAGUUGUGGAGGCUGAAGAGCCAGAACCAGUUCCCGUUGUGCCAUUGCUUGGAAGUGAUAAGAGUGCUUUCACCCGAGUAACAUCAAUGAUUUCCCUUCAGCCUACAGAGACCCCAGGCCUGGAGAAGAGCCCAGCAGAAAUGAGUACUAUGUUACUGGAGCUUCAGGGCCUGUUUUCUCUGCUAGAGGAGUCUAAAGAAGAAGCCAUUGGGGCCCUACAGAGAAAAAUCUGUGAACUGCAGACUAGACUACAGGACCAAGAAGAAGAGCAUCAGGAAGCUCUGAAGGCAAAGGAAGCAGACAUAGAGAAGCUGAACCAGGCCUUGUGCUUAUGCUACAAGAAUGAAAAGGAGCUCCAGGAAGUGGUACAGAAGCAGAGUGAGAAGAUCUUAGGGCAGAUAGACAAGAGUGGCGAGCUCAUAAGUCUCAAGGAGGAGGUGACCCAGCUCACACGUUUACUGCGGCACGCAGAGACAGAGACAAAAGUGCUCCAGGAAGCCCUGGCGGGCCAGCUAGACCCCAGCUGUCAGCUGAUGGCUACUAACUGGAUCCAGGAAAAAGUGUCUCUCUCACAGGAGGUGGACAAACUGAGGGCCAUGUUCCUGGAGAUGAAAAAUGAGAAAACACAACUGGUGGUCAAGUACCAGAGCCAUAGGAGCAUUCUUGAGGAGAACCUUCGGCGCUCUGACACUGAAUUAAAGAAACUCGAUGACACUAUUCAGCAUAUCUAUGAGACCCUGCUGUCUGUCCCAGAGGUAGUGAAGAGUUGCAAGGAGUUACAGGGACUGCUGGAGUUUCUGAGCUAAGAAACUGAAAAUAGUGGACUAGUGGUAUGCACCUGUAGUCCUAGCUACUCUGGAGGCCGAGGCAGGAGGCUUGCUCACUCCUAAGAGUAUGAGACUACGGUGGACAACACAGCAAAGAAACUGAAGGCUGGAUUCCAUCCACUUCUUUCCUUUUUCCUUCAGGAUCCCUUACCCCAGUAAUAGGAAUUGGCAUACAGCCAACUGUUUUAUGCUAUUUAAAUAAAGUAUAUUUAAUGUA